AUGAUCGCUUGCCAGCGUAUGUCUGCGCACCUGGCCGCCAUGGCGAUGCUGAAGAGCAUGGCUUCAUGGAAGGUGAGAGCCGACUGCAUCGGCGUAGCCAUCGUCUGCAAUGCCUGCGCAAACACUGAGGCCUGGGUGGAAGGAAGCGCGGUGCUGGCCUGGAUGCAGGAGAAGCUGAUCAGCAGUGACAUGGUGGCCUUCAACUCCGUCCUCUGCUCCUUGGGCCCACGCUGGCGCUGGGCCGCGCUUCUUUGCCAAGGCAAAGCUCCGCUGAUGAACUUGCCGGAUGUCGUGAGCUGCAACACAGUGAUGGGUAGCUGCACGAGAGGAAGCGGUUGGCUGGCGGCGGUCCAGGCGCAUGCCGCGAUGCGUGUGGCUGCUCUGCAGACGAACGUCGUCAGCCAGAUGAACCUCCUGGGAGCCUGGGAGGAGGUGCGUCGAUGGCCCGAGGCACUCUCUUCCCUCCACGCUUCAUCGGCAGCCUUCGGGGCUGCCAUCGCUUCGUGUGCGAGGUGCAGCCAUACUACAGUGGCUCAAAAGCUGCUGGAGGAGAUGACAAAGGCGGCAGUGCGGAAAAACCUCCUCUGUGUCAAUGCGGCCAUGUCCGGGCACGAUCGCCAGGGUUCCUGGGAAGAGGCGCUUUCUCUGCGGAUUGCCGGGUCUGCAGACGGGUUGGGGAUCGACUGCAUUUCGCUCUCGACCAUCGCAUCCGCUUCAGAGCGCAGCUCUGCAUGGCACGCGGCGAUGGAAGUGCUUUCUCUGGCCGCCACGUGUCACGUCCGUGUGGACCUACUUUGCUGCGGCCUGGUACUUAACGCCUGUGCUCGCUCCCAGCGCUGGACGCUGGCCCUGGGCGUAUGCAGGGCAUUGGCGAGCCGGCACUUGGUCGUCGAUGGCGCUUGCACUGCCGCUGCACUGGGAGCAUGGGUGACUGGCAGGCACUGGGCCGAAGCAGUGGAGCUCAGGCACUGCUUCGACGAUGUGGGAUUGAUCCGCGGGGACGUGGAAGUCGCACACAAUGCUGCCAUUGCUGCCAUGGGGAGGUCUGCUCAGUGGAGGCUAUCUCUUGAACUUCUUCAUGACGGCGAGGCGGAGAAGGAUGCUGUUGGCUAUUCUGCUGCGAUCCUGGCCGUCGAAAGAUCAGGCGAAUCCCACCUUGUCCUGCGCUUCCUGACGGGAAUGGUCCGAAGCACACUUACUCCG